AUGGCAUCAUCACCAACCGUGUCCUCGCCCAGCAAAAGCAGCAAAGCGCCUCCUUCACAACAGUCCUCGACUACCGCUACCUCUCAACCCGAAAAGGCUCAUGCAAUCGAUAUACUCCCUACACCAGUCGCACAGACAUACUCCCAUAUACACCCGACAAUCCUUCUAGCCUUGUACUCCCUUCGCUUCUCUGCAGUGGUGACUGAUCCCGUCUCGACGCUAUGGAGCGAUCUACCUCUCUAUACCGCUUUGCAGACCGCCCACGGUGAAGCGGGGACAGGCGAAGUCAGCGCAGAUGUGAAAAAGACACCCUCAUCAUCCGGAAAGAGGAAACGACAGGCCGCAGGGAAUAAGUCGGGUACACUAUCUCAGAAACUGACUGCGGCAUUCAUCGCCCUGACAUUAACCUUCCUCCUCGGCACACCGGCCCUCUCCCUCCUACUCAUUCUCUUCGGCGCCCCCUUUACGACGCAUACCGCGCAUACAGUUCUGUGUGCCGCGCAUAUGGCUCUACUCACCGUAACGCCACUGGUAUACGUCCACGGCGUUGACGGUCCCGUCUGGAAACAGAUCUGGGCAUUUGCGCGACCCGCCGAUGCCGUCUGGGGUGGUGCACUGGGUGCUUGUGUGGGUGCUUGGUUGGGCGCUGUUCCGAUUCCGUUGGAUUGGGAUCGUCCGUGGCAGGCUUAUCCCAUCACUAUCCUGACGGGUGCUUAUAUUGGGUUUGCGGCUGGUCAGUUGAUUGGACGGAGUCCUUUGCUGUAUGGGAAGAGGGUAGAGUUUGAUUAG